AUGGGAUUGUUUGAGAAGGAAGCAUAUUGCAGCGUAAUGGCUCCCAAAAGAGGUGUGAAGGCUCCAGUAGCAACCAAGAAGAAACCUGAAAAAGUUGUAAACCCUUUGUUUGAGAAGCGACCAAAACAGUUUGGAAUUGGUGGUGCGCUUCCACCAAAGAAGGAUUUGACAAGAUUUGUCAAGUGGCCUCAUGUUGUUCGAAUUCAGAGGCAAAGAAGGAUUCUGAAACAACGUUUGAAGGUUCCACCUGCCGUUAACCAGUUCACGAAAACACUUGAUAAGAACCUAGCUACACAGCUAUUUAAGUUGUUGCUAAAAUAUAGACCUGAGGACAAGGCUGCUAAGAAGGAGAGGCUUCUUAAAAGAGCACAAGCUGAAGCUGAGGGGAAGACUGUGGAAUCAAAGAAACCUAUUGUUGUUAAAUAUGGUCUUAACCACGUUACUUACCUAAUUGAGCAGAACAAGGCCCAGUUGGUGGUUAUUGCACAUGAUGUUGAUCCAAUUGAGCUUGUUGUUUGGCUGCCUGCAUUAUGCCGGAAAAUGGAGGUUCCUUAUGCAAUCGUGAAGGGCAAGUCGCGACUUGGAGCGAUUGUCCACAAGAAAACAGCUUCAGCUUUGUGCCUUACAUCUGUGAAGAACGAGGAUAAAUUGGAAUUUAGCAAGGUUUUGGAGGCAGUCAAGGCUAACUUUAAUGACAAGUUUGACGAGCACCGUAAGAAAUGGGGUGGUGGUAUCAUGGGUUCUAAAUCUCUGGCCAAGACCAAAGCUAAGGAGAGAGUAUUGGCCAAGGAGGCUGCACAAAGAAUGUCUUGA